AUGACCGUUCAACACAGCCCUGCCCCAACAAAAGUGAAGCGUUCCCAUACCAAGGCCAGGACUAAGUGGAGCAAGACAGGCAAGACCCGCAAGUUGAACGCUGACGCCAGUCGAGCUACCGACCAUGUCGCAGAGAUUUUGACUUCCAACCCUGUCGAUGCCCUCCGUGCCCAAUCUCCUACCGCCACCGAGUGGAGUGCUGAUUCUGUGUCCUAUAACGCGCACGGAACGAAGUGUUCCGGUACUAAGACUAGGACUAAGCGGAGCAAAACCCGCAAAUUGGACGCUGACGCCAGUCAAGCUACAGUUGCGCGCGGCAAAUUACUGUACAAAACCGACUUGGCUGCAUGGGGCAAGGCCGGGGGUGGGUCGGGGGACCAAACCUCCAGAUGA